AUGACUGCACCGAGCCACACAGGCCUUUUCCUGGCCCUUUGCACGGGCUUGCUUCUCUUGGUCCAGCUUCCGGGUCACGGACCGACCUUGUCGGCAGCAGCAUGCGCUGCCAUCGAUCACUGCAACAGCUGCCCAGAUGAGGUCCACUGCCUUCAGUGCGACACCGGUCGCUUUCUCUUUGACGACACCGCGUGCGUCGCCAACUGCAACGCAGAGAGCACUGCCACCGUUGCCUACUACAACAACGUAGCCCUGCGCACCUGUGAUCUUUGUCAUCACACCUGUGCCCGCUGUGUGGGACCCGCGCUGGACGAGUGCACCAAAUGUCAACCCGAUGCCGGUUUCCUGCUGGAAACCACCUGCGUCGCCUCGUGCCCCAUCUCCACUUUUGCUCAAGGCACCAAUGACGACGCCAGCGGCCGUACCUGCCAGGACUGUGCCCCCGGCUGUGCACAGUGCUCCAAUCCCACCACCUGCACGGCGUGUCUUCCCAACUGGUACAUCGGCCUUGAUAACGCCACCUGCGUCCAAGCUUGCCCAAACGGCUUUGGAGGACAGGCCAGCUCCAACACUUCUCUGGGUGGGCGCUGCGUACCUUGCGACAACGCCACCUCCUGCCGCACCUGCACCAGCAGUGCUCCGAACAGCUGCAUUGAUUGCUUCUUUGACAAACUGGCCGAGGAUGGCUUUUGUGUCGACGCUUGCCAAGUCGGCUUUUUCAAUUCCUCCAACACCACCUGCACCCGUUGCGGUGAUACCCUUGCCGGCUGCACCGAGUGCGAUGCGGCCGGUGCCACCUGCCUGGUCUGCGAUGCUCUUCAUUACUUAGACCAAGGUACUUGUCAUCCGCUCACCACUUGCUCCACGUGGACCUAUGAGGGACAGGCUCCAACGGCCACGACGGACCGCCUCUGCGUUCCCUGUCCCGUCUGCCCAGAGGGAUCGUACUUGGGUACCCCCUGCCAAGGCUCGAAUACGGGCGUUUGCACCGCCUGCCUGACCGCCCAGGAUUGUCCAGACUCUGGUAGCGCCACUCUGAGUGGCUCUUGUGGUCUUGACUUUGGCCCGCACUGCGCCCCACCCGCCAGUUCUGAUCCUGCUCCAGCCCAUCAGGUCCAGGCUCAGGCCCAGGUCACCUUCUCCAACGUUGCACCCGAGGCCAACGCCACGGCAAGCCAGAUUGCCAACGCCUUGCGCACAGUGUUUGCUUGGCCCGACGAGACCAACCUGACCGUCUUCAAUCUCCAGACACCGACGGCCGAUGCACGCUCGUUCUAUGCGCGUGCUCGCGUGCCUGCUGCCCUUGGAGCCGGUCUGCACACAGAUUUGAGCAAUGCACUGCGCUCUGACGACUUUCGCUCCGCCCUAGGUGCCAACUUCAACAACGCCGCUGUGGCUGUAUCCGCCCUUCCGCUGCGCGUUGCUGCAGCGGGGCCGACGACCCUGACCACCAGUCAGACCACCUCCAACUCCACCUGGUUGGCCUGGGAUAGCGCCACGCCUUCUGCCCAUCUCGAGGGUUACUACAUUCGUGCCCAAAACAUCCAAACUAGCCAAGCGCUAUUCUUCACCGUUUCGGGUACAGACCGUGCUCUUCUGAACUUCUCUCUUGGUGCUGGGCCAUACCAGGUCCACGUGGCUGCCAUCUAUGGCGCCUCCGCUCCCGAACCUGGUCGAGCAGCUCCGCUGAGGGCCGUUGUAUCGCCGCUUGCCUGCAGCACCGGCUGCACCUCAUGCAACGCUGAAGGCUGUGCUACGUGCGCUGCCAACUACACAUUUAAUGCUGCCAAUGCUUCUUGCACUGCCUCGUCGGGUGAUACCGGUCCCUCGAGCAGCAGUUGUGGACAACUGGGUGCUUUUGACCUUUGUGGAACUGGUCUCAUCAUUCUCAUUGUCAUCUUCAGCAUGGCCUUUCUGUUGCUCUUACUGCUCCUUUAUUGCCUCUGUACCCGUCGACGCGUUGCCAUCAAGCAAGAGUUGGAGGCGGCCGAUAAUCUGGAAAUCAAAGACGUUCGCUUUGUACCCAAGUGGACACAGAUGGGUGAUAAGUUUAGAGGGCGUAUGACACAAUCGCGCCCGCUUAACGUGUCCCAGCUUGAAGCCAGUUCACGGGAUCCCACCAUGCUGCAAAGUGAAUACGAGUCGAUUCCGCCAAAUGCAGCGUCCGUCGACGAGUUGCCAUCCGGCGUUGAGUCGCGGAAUCGUUCUCCCUCUGUUCUACCCAACAUCCACUCGCGCGUCUACCUGUCCGUCGACAUGAGUAGCGACACAGCUUUGCGCGACGAGUACAUCAACGCCAACUAUAUGCGGGGUCUUGGUGGCGUCGACCGCCGCUUCAUUCUGACCCAAGCCCCAAGCCCGACUACCUGCGAGAUGCCCGUCAUGACAACCCAUGGUCCCAAGAAAACCCGCAAGCGCACCAUUCGCUUGAACGACUACAAGAUCAAACUUGUCCACGAAGCCGAGCUGGAUCAUGCCAUUUACAGCCGCAUCAAGCUGUGGAAGGGCGCCUUGGGCCCACGCACACUGACCCACGUAUGGAUGCUGUCGACAGGCAGCAAGCGUGAGCCGCAGCACGCACGCACCUGGAACACCGUGGUGCGCGACGUGGCCGGCAUGCGCACAGGCUCGGCCCCUGUCGUGGUCCACUGUCCGCUGGGCAUCGAGCGAGGAGCCGUGUUUGUGGCCCUGGACAUCUUGCAAAUGCAGCUUAUUCAGCAAGGCACAGCCGAUGUACUGGGCACGGUCUGCCAGCUGCGCCAGGACCGCGGCCUCUGCAUCAAUUCGCUUGAGCAGUAUCGCUUCUUGCAUGCAGCAGCCUGGACAUUUGCCCGCACCCAUGAGAACCAGCUGGGGCGCGCUCGACAGCUGACCAUGGGAGCUCACACGUCCAAUCCAACCUUCGCGGCGCAGGCACUUGAACACGAUGAAGUGUCUCUCAUGGCAGAGUCUGCACGCCUUCGCCUUGAUACGGCGGGACCACGCGAAGCUAUUCCGGCUGCAUGGUCCCUGUCCGAGGAUUCUGAUGCCUCUGCUUCAGAUGCACCAAUGCGCCGACACGAUGACACCUCGGUGCCUGUGGCCUUGCAUUCGCGCCCAACGUCUGCAUCGCGCGGUCUCCCAAGGAGUUCCGCGCCUCGCACAGGCAACAGCAGUCACCAACAGCAAAGUCGCCGUCACAGGAGCCAACAGAGGAGAAGCAGCAGUAGCAGCAGUAGUAGCACUGAGGAUGAUUAUGAUGUCGCGGGCCGACGGCUCCUGCACUCGCCUAAUGACGCAACUGUAAUUCAGUUUGAUGGUGAUAGUGAUAGUGACAGCAGGAGCAGCAGCGACGAGAGUACCGCCUCUGGGUCCAUCCGGCUCACUGCAACGGGUCGAGGCGCGCGACCUCGCUCUCGUCCGACGGCUGACUCGCGCGCAUCGCAUCGCAGCGAUGAGAGUGCUUUGAUCAUCAUGGCUAGCCCUGAAGUGGUGCACGAGGGCGAGACAAGCUUUACAGACCGCCUCAUGCAAGCCGUCAUGGAGCAGGCAGGCCGACAGUAA